CACCGCAGCCGCCGCUGCAGAUACUGGCAAGCCGUGAUCGUGCGAGGGUGGUCUCGAAAUCGCCAAGAACUCCCUGUCCUGCAAAUGUGUGAUUUUUAAAUUAUAACAUUGACCUUCCUUUUGAAUUACUAUACAUAUAUAUUUGUUUUAAAUUGUUAUUAUUUUUGUUCCCAAUCUUGUUUUUAACAACUAACGAACAUGUCGAGAGAGCGAUCCGCCCGAAGAUUUUACCGAGCCGAAUCCAGUUCAAAUCUGAUGGCUUACAUGGAUAGAGGCAUGCUGGCCGAGGAGGAAAACAGAUGGACCUUCGAGAUUGCGUGGGAAGCGGCUAAUAAAGUUGGAGGUAUUUACACGGUGAUACGGUCCAAGGCGUACGUUUCUACGGAGGAGAUGGGCGAUCAGUAUUGUCUGAUCGGUCCAUAUAAAGAGGCCAGUGCAAGAACUGAAGUGGAGGAGAGUCCGUUGGGAUCGCAGUCUCUGAACGAGGCGGUUUCGGCGAUCAGGGAUAAAGGUUACAAAGUUGUGACGGGCAGGUGGUUGGUUGAUGGAAAUCCUCAGAUCAUCCUGAUGGACGUGGGAUCGGCCGCUUGGAAGUUGGAUGAGUUCAAGACCGAGCUUUGGGAGAAGAGCUCGCUGGGUGUUCCACAUCUGGAUGUUGAAGCAAACGAUGCAAUAAUAUUUGGAAAUAUGGUGGCGGAUUUCUUAGAAGAGUUUCAUACGAGCGCCAAACUAUGCGCCGGUGGUGGGCAGCCAAGAAUCGUGGCGCAUUUUCACGAGUGGCAGGCAGGAAUCGGAUUGAUGUUGACCAGAUUACGACACGUGAACGUUGCCACCGUGUUCACAACGCAUGCCACCUUGUUAGGAAGAUACCUGUGCGCUGGAAACACGGACUUUUACAACAAUCUGGCUACUUUCAGCGUCGACGAAGAAGCGGGAAAACGGCAGAUAUAUCAUAGGUACUGCAUAGAAAGAGCGGCCACUCACCUAUCCCAUACAUUCACCACGGUUUCAGAUAUCACAGGCUACGAGGCGGAGCAUCUGCUGAAGCGAAAACCUGAUGUUAUUACACCGAACGGCCUGAACGUAAAGAAGUUUUCCGCGCUCCACGAAUUUCAGAAUUUGCACGCCUGUUCGAAAGAGAAGAUACACGAAUUCGUUAGGGGUCAUUUCUACGGGCAUUACGAUUUUGAUUUAGACAAGACUUUAUAUUUUUUUAUUGCUGGUCGAUACGAAUUCGGCAACAAAGGCGCAGAUAUAUUCAUCGAGGCUUUGGCGAGAUUGAACCACCUGCUUAGAAAUAUUAACUCGGAUAUAACGGUUGUAGCCUUUCUCAUAUUCCCAGCCAAGACGAACAAUUUUAAUGUAGAAUCGUUGCGGGGUCACGCGGUCACGAAGAGCUUGCGUGAAACCAUCAACGACAUUCAGACGAAGAUCGGAAAGCGAAUGUACGAGAUCUGCUUGAGCGGUCGCAUGCCGGAUUCCAAGGAGCUGUUGGAGAAGGAGGAAAUGGUGAGGCUUAAGCGGUGCAUUUACUCGUUGGGAAGAGAUGGUUUACCACCGGUAACCACACAUAACGUCGUCGACGAUUGGAAUGAUCCAGUCCUAUGCUCGGUGCGAAGAUGCAACCUAUUCAACAGAUCGAACGAUCGAGUUAAAAUCGUAUUUCAUCCAGAGUUUCUUAGCUCAACUAAUCCUUUAUUCGGUUUGGACUACGAGGAGUUUGUCAGGGGUUGUCAUUUAGGAGUGUUUCCCAGUUAUUACGAGCCAUGGGGAUACACUCCGGCCGAGUGCACCGUUAUGGGAAUACCCAGCAUCACCACGAAUCUAUCGGGCUUCGGUUGUUUUAUGCAAGAGCACAUCGCGGAUCCCAUGUCCUACGGAAUAUAUAUAGUAGACAGAAGGUUUAUCUCGCUAGACGACAGCAUCAAUCAGUUGGCGCAGUACAUGUUCGAUUUUGCGCGCCUCAAUAGAAGGCAACGAAUUAUCCAGAGGAACCGAACCGAACGGUUAAGCGAUAUGUUGGAUUGGAGAAACUUAGGAGUCUACUACAGGCAAGCAAGGAUGAAGGCAUUGCAUGCGCUCUUCCCCGAACUAGAAAAGGAAAUCGAAAACGGAAUCGGCUGUUCCAUCAAGUAUCCAAGACCGAUUUCCGAACCUCCAAGUCCAACGUCCAGUAGACACACCACACCGGCCACCUCGUUGCAUGGAAGCGACGAUGAAUCGGAUUCCGUCGAUGAAGAAGGAGAGCUGGAAGAAUUGAGAAAUCAACGUUAACACGAGAAUGUUUAAAAAUAUAC